CGAACUUGGAUUAUUCCCUAACUCAAAUCGUAAUAUGGAGUUAGAAAUUCAAUUGUUCAAACUAAGGUUGAAAAAAACUGGAACUUUGGGGCAUUAUAAUAUUACAGUUCAGGAAGCAUUGGAGUUUCGUGCAAUGUCUGGUGGAUUAAUUAACCACAUUGUGACUGGCUCAGAACGAUUUCCUGGUCAUUUUAUUGGACCUUUUCAUGAGAUUACUCUAUCGGCUAAAAUAAUCAGAUUUCUUCUUCAAUAUUACUCGACUCUUAAACUUGGGGAUGAAACAUAUAGUUCAUUUUUUUCACGCUUUGAUUUAAAAUCAAAUAUAUUUGCACGAUGGCAAUUAGAUGAUGGAAAAAGAAUCAAUUGGCCAGGAAUCAUUAAAUUUUUUUUUGAACAUCGUAUAUCUUUACCAAGUUCAGCGAUACCAACUAGUCAUUAUCUUGCCAUUGUUGAUUGGUACAAACAAGAUCCACAAAACCAAACGUACUUCCAUGUCAAAUCACGUGAUAAUAUCUCAAAGAACAUAUUAUCUACAAAUGCGGAUGGAAGUUAUCACGUGGAAUUAUGGGAAGAUCGGUUUACUGAACGAGGA